CUCCGACGAUGUCAAUCGACAGUAGUAGAAGAAUCCGGAUGGCUUCGUCGGCCGACGAUGUGUUUACAGCGAUUUGCGGUGGCACAUUUGUGUACCCGGCGGUCAUGCAUGAGCAGUAUCAAGCCAUCCGGGUGACCAACCGAGACGGUGUUACACCCGGUUCGAUUCGGGAGAUCGCUUAUGGACAUGCCAUCUCACGUAUGGUUUCACGGGCGACCGAGGAAAUCACCCGGAUUGACCACACGAGUCGAACCAUUGAAUCUAGGUUCAAGCCCGAUGGUGCCUUCGUUGGCAGGUUCUUUCGUUCGGCCUCCUUGGUCAUAAAGGUCGAACCGCUGUCGCUGAACCAUGGUCCUAACCGUCCAGGUUCGACCAUCGUAUGGACCUUGACCUACGAUUCUGAUUUCAAUGGC